AUGAUAAGUUUACUAUGCAACAUUUUGAUCAUCAUGAUAAUGGCAGAAUUUGUCAUUGGAAAUUUUGCCAAUAUGUUCAUAGCGCUGGUGAACUGCACUGACUGGGUGAAGAGAAGAAGGAUUUCUUCCACUGAUCAGAUUCUUACUGCUCUAGCCAUCUCCAGGGUUGGUUUGAUUUGUACACUAAUAGCAAAUUGGUUUUUAAUUGUGUUUCAUCAAACUGCCUAUAGUAAAGUAAGAAUUACUUUGCGGAUUUUCUGGUCAGUAAGCAACCAUUUUGGCAGCUGGCUUGCCACUGCCCUCAGUAUAUUUUAUGUUCUCAAAAUAACUAAUUUCUCCAACUUUAUUUUUCUUUACCUAAAGAGGAAAGUUAACAGAGUCAGUCCAGUGACUGUGCUGGGGACUUUGGUGUUGCUGCCUUUCGAUCUUACAGUAACACUUGUGUAUGACACUAUGGAGGUGAAAGGAUAUUUGGGGAAUGUGACUUGGAAGCUCAAACUGAAGGAUGCUAUACACAGUUCCAAGAGGACUAUAUUCACAUUAGUGAACCUCCUACCCUUUCUCACAUGCUUGAUCUGUGUUCUGCUGUUAAUCUCCUCCCUGAGAAGUCAUCUCAGGAAAAUGCAGCUGUAUGGCAAAGGAUCCCAAGAUCCCAGCACCAAGGUCCACGUAAAAGUCUUGCAGACUGCAGCCUCCUUUGUCAUGUUAUACGCCAUGUACUCUCUGUCUGUAAUCACAUCAGAUUGGUGGUUGGAAUAUUCGUGGAACAAACCAGUCUAUUUGUUUUCCCUGGCUACUGAAAUUUUAUACCCUUUGGGCCAUUCGUGUGUCCUCAUAUGGGCUAACAAAAAGCUGAAACAGGCAUUUCUGUUAGUUCUGAGGCAGGCAAAGUGCUGGCUGAAAGAACUGGAGCCUUUACAAUUAUAG